CAUAUUCGGUCGCCAGUGCGCUCCAUUCCGCUUUUCUAGCUUGUUUUAGUCCGGCCCACCAGGUUGGUCUUGCGGCCUCUCGCUGGCUGACGGAUGCCCUGGCUCACAGUCUGUGAGUUUUCCCGACGUCUCCAGUUUCUAUCUUGGGCAAGCGCUCUCGGGCAAACGUUGGAAGAUCUGUACUGGACACGCCCUCAGAGCAUCAGUCGAAAGGAACAAGUUGAUGCAGCUCUCGGCGCGUUUUGUACGACGGCAGGGUUCCAUCCCGAUCGUUUGUGGGGCAACCCUACAAAACGAAUCCCGUGUUGCUCUUGUUCCGACUGGUCUGGCCGGGCUACAGACGGCCAACUGCAAGCUCACUGUUUAGGACUCGAUGUACCUCUGCAUGGCAGGCGGUAUCUGCUUGUACCACCAUGUGUGUACUUGUAG